GCACAGGGGACCGACAGCAUAAAUGAUUGUUUGAUACUUCCGGUUGAAAGGCUUUCCACACAUGACUAGCACACAAUAUUCAAAACUGCAGUUACGCAAGUUGAAACAAGGUUAUUAUUAGUGGACUUCACCCAAAAAGGCUUUGCAAUGUUUCGGUUGUUCGUUAUUCUUGUUAUCGAUUUAAUCGCAUUCACCGUCAUAUUGCCAUUACUGCCGUCGAUCCUGCUUCAUUAUGAAAAGUUUUCUGGAGAGAACGAAGACUCGUUACUCCGAUCCACGCUGAUGUUGAUGAAUUCGACAAAAGAGAAGCUGAACAUGCCAAACACAGACCGAUACAACAGUGUUUUAAUUGGAGGGUUUCUCGGAUCUCUCUUCUCGUUUCUGCAGUUUAUUUGCAACCCAGUAUUUGGGGCACUCUCAGAUAUCAUGGGGAGAAAGAGGAUUCUCAUUGUCACCAUGCUUGGAACUGCCUUAUCAUAUUUUGUCUGGUUGAAAUCAAACACUUUCAAAUUGUUUUUAUUAUCGCGUAUCAUUGGUGGUUUGAGUAAGGGAACAGUAACAGUUGCAACGGCGAUGAUGUCAGACAUUACAACAAAGGAGAACAGAGGAAAAGGGAUGGCAGUUAUUGGAAUAGCCUUUGGUGUUGGGUUCACUGUUGGCCCCCUUUGUGGUGCCUACUUUGCCUCAGAUCUCUCAGCGUCCCUCAAAAACCCAUUUCAAUCAGCAGCAAAAUUUUCCUUGACUUUACAGAUCAUUGCUGUUAUUCUUACAAUGCUAACUGUCAGAGAAAGUCCAAAACCUGCCAAAGGCAUUGCAACAAGGGAAAGAAUAUCUGCAGCAUUUGCUUUAAUAAACCCUGUAUCAUUACUCAACUCGUGUCUUUACUGGAAAGAAGAUCCGGAUAGAGUUGCUAUAAAACAACUCACUGUUGUCCAUUUUGGGUAUCUGCUUCUCUUCUCUGGUCUGGAGUUUACAUUAACAUUCCUAACACAUCAAAGAUUUGGGUUUGGAAAUAGACAGCAGGGGAUGCUUUUUCUCUACCUUGGCGUUCUUAUGAUGCUAAUACAAGGAGGGUAUGUAAGAAGAGCAAAAGUCAACCAGGAAAGAAGUUUAGCAAUUUUUGGCAUCUCUUCAAUGAUACCUUCUAUGGUUCUGGUUGCAUUUAGCAACUCCACAUUGAUUUUAUGCACUGGGCUCACAUUUUAUGCAUUUGGUGCUGCAACAGUUGUGCCAUGUCUCACUGCAUUAUAUUCUCAGAGAGCCAGUAGCAUUGAAAGUGGAGAAAUGCUUGGUAUUUUCAGAUCAGCUGGGGCCCUUGCAAGGGCAAUGGGUCCCUUCCUUAUGUGUUUUGUUUAUUGGACAUUUGGAUCCACAUUAUGCUAUCUUUCUGGGGCUUUACUUUUUGUACUGCCUUUAGGACUUUGUUCAAUUAUGAGAAUAGAAGAUGUAAAGAAGGAUUAGUUAGAUAAAGAAUGGAUUUAUCCAUUUAUUUUGGUUACUGUAGAUUAUUAUAGUGUCAUACCACUACAUGAUGUUUUGUCCUACAUGAAGUUAAUAUACAUGUAUGUAUUAUCUAUUUAAUCUUGUUAGUUUGAUCUUAUUGCUUUUUCAGUUUUUAUAUUUAUUUUCAUGCUUACAAUUGAAGAAUUGCUUAAACUACUAACAUAGUUUCAUCAGAUUGUAGAAUGUCUUUUUUUAAAAAAAGAUUUAGGAGUCUAAAGUGAUACUGGUUUAUAGUUCUUCAAAUGUGCCUCACAUAGCCAACAGUUAGAAAUGAAAUAUGAAUUAUUUGUGAAUUUUCCUCACUAGAAGCAUUUAAAUGUAAUUAAAUGGAUUGAAAACAGUCUAGCCCUGGUAUGCUGAUAGCCAUCAACUAUGAACAAGCUUUGUUUUUUCUGAAAAGGAUGUAUAUUUCAAACAUUUACUUGUUUAUUCUCAGUACAGUAAACCUUUAUUAAAAAGAUUUAGGAGUUUAAAGAUUUUGGUAUGUUUGGAUAUAGUGAAAUUCUGGUGUUACCCUAUUUUUAACAAAUGUUGGUCAGUUAAUCUCUUUAACCAUAAUUGAGUAUCAAAUUCCAAUAUGUAGUCUAUAUGUGAAAAAGAAGACUUUCGUUUUGAAUUUAGAAAUUAUCAACCUAUUUCUGUGGUUGGUCAGUUAAUCUCUUUAACCAUAAUUGAGUAUCAAAUUCCAAUAUGUAGUCUAUAUGUGAAAAAGAAGACUUUCGUUUUGAAUUUAGAAAUUAUCAACCUAUUUCUUUGGUUUUGAAA